GGUUUUGGGUUUUCUCAUUACUUUUCCCACCAACAGGUUUCUGGUCAGUUUUAUGGUGGAUGCUCGAGGCGGUUCAAUGCGAGGCAGCAGGCAUAAUGGUCUGCGUGUCAUCAUACCUCCACGGACGUGUGCGGCACCCACUCGCAUUACCUGCCGCCUGGUGAAGCCGCAGAAGCUGACCAGCCCCCCACCUCUGGUGGAGGGAGAGGGGCUGGCCAGCAGGAUCAUUUCUCUAGGUCCAGCGGGGAUGCAGUUUCUGGGACCGGUGAUUGUGGAGAUCCCCCACUUUGCUGCUCUGGGUCGGGGAGACAGAGAGCUUGUUGUGCUCAGAAGCGAGAACGGAUCUGUCUGGAAGGAGCACCGCAACCGGUAUGGUGAUGAGGUUCUGGAAACAAUCCUGAAUGGAAUGGAUGAGGAACUGGAAAGUCAAGAGGAACUUAGCAAGAAGCGAAUCCGUCGCAUCAUUUCUACUGACUUCCCCCUUUACUUUGCGGUUGUGUCGAGAGUCCAACAAGAGAGUGACCUGAUUGGUCCAGAGGGAGGUUCGCUUACCAGUAAACUGGUCCCAAUGGUGCAGGCCACGUUUCCUGAGACGGCAGUUACCAAAAGAGUCCGUCUCGGGCUGCAGGCCCAGCCAGUUCCAGAUGAGCUGGUUGCAAAGCUGCUGGGUAACCAAGCAAACUUUAGCCCUGUAGUCACCGUGGAGCCUCGGCGGCGCAAAUUCCACCGCCCCAUCGGCCUGCGCAUACCCCUGCCUCCAUCCUGGAGGGAGAGUCCACGAGACUCGGGGGAGGGUGACACCACCAGUCUGCGUCUUCUCUGCUCUGUUAUAGGUGGGACAGCCCCAGCCCAAUGGGAAGACAUUACUGGCACUACCAAGCUCCUCUAUGCCAAUGACUGUGCCAGCUUUACCACCAAUGUUUCUGCACGAUUCUGGCUAGCUGACUGUCCUCGGACAGCUGAGGCCGUCUCCUUUGCCAGCCUGCUCUACAAAGAGCUAUCAGCUGUACCCUACAUGGCCAAGUUUGUGGUGUUCGCAAAGAUGAAUGAGCUGCGUGAGGGACGUCUGCGCUGCUACUGCAUGACAGACGAUAAGAUGGAUAAAACUCUGGAACAGCAUGAAAACUUCACAGAAGUGGCUCGCAGCCGAGACAUAGAGGUGAUGGAGGGAAUGCCGCUUCAUCUGGAGUGUUCAGGGAACCUAGUGCCAGUGAGGAAGGCCACACAGCAGCCUCGUUGCUUUAGUUUCCAGGCUUUUAGGGACAACAGGCUUCCAGUCUCCAUUAAGGUGAGAGACAGCAGUAAGGAACCUGCUGGAUUUUUAUCCUUCCUACGCAAGUCUACCAAAUACGAAGACAACCAACAAGUGCUCUGCAACCUUAAUAUCACAAUGCCUCCAUGUAUCAAGAUUAUUGGUAGUGAAGAUAGAAGGCGAACUCUGACUCCACUGGCUUUAAGAGAAAGAUACAGUGCCCUUAACGAGCCUGCCAUGGCAUCGAUGAGUGCAAUGGAAAGGACAGAGCUGAAGAUGGCUGUGAUUGCAGAGCAGUUGGGACUGAGCUGGGCUGAAUUGGCGCGUGAGCUGCAGCUCAGUGUCGAUGACAUCAACAGGAUUCGUGUUGAGAAUCCAAACUCCCUUCUUGAACAGAGCUCUGCGCUGCUCAACUUGUGGGCAACUCGUGAAGGCAAAAGAGCUAAAAUGGAGAGCUUGUACACAGCCCUAAAGAACAUCGAUCGUAUGGACAUCAUCAACAUGUUGGAGGGCCAACCACACCAGCCUAUAAGACAAGGUUCCCAUGAUCUCAACAGACGGAGACACAACGAAAGAGACCACCUCUCCCCUGGUAUCACCAAUGGUGGCAGCCAGCAGAGCAGCACCAGCCACAGCUGGAGUCGAACCUCAGUCAGUCAGUCCGACCGGCUGUGUCUGAUUCUGUUACUGCCAAUGCUCGUACUGUCAACACUGGCUGAUUAAGCUUGACAACCUUUCUUCCAAAAGCUGCCCUUGCUCUUUUAGCUAAUUGCACCUUUAUUCCAGCUCCUAUUGUCUUGGCCCUAUCCCCUCUUUUCAGUUCCACUCCUCUCCCAUUUGUCCCUUCAGCCUCCUCUUCUCCUCCCCUAGAUGCCCAGCUCGUGGGCU